CUUUUUCGGAACACCGUUGUAACGGCAAAAGUUCCGAUAACGUUAUGCCGCCAACUGAAGUUCUUGAUGCUGCCGCCGACAGUGUCGUGGACGACAGCGCGGUUACAGAUGAUACAUCCCCUACACUGUCCAUGGAUAGCGCGGAUGAGUCCAAUGUCCUGACCAUCCAUGAAGCCAUUCAGCGGGUCGGGUACGGCACGUUUCAGAAGCGUCUGCUGCUCGUGUCGGGGCUCAUGUUCAUGGCGGACGCGGUCGAGGUGAUGCUCUUGAGUUUCCUGCAAGUGCUCGUCAAGGACGAAUGGCACCUCACGUCCACGCAACAAGCCGGGAUCACCGCCGCCGUCUUCGCCGGCGAACUGCCUGGCGCGCUGUUCUGGGGCUUCUUCGCCGACAAGUAUGGACGUCGCCUCGGGUUCCUCCUCAGUGCCUUGUGCAUCGCCGUGUUUGGCAUUUGGUCGGCGUUCGUGCCGACUGUGUGGUGGCUCAUGGCGUGUCGCGCCAUGGUGGGCUUUGGCGUGUCUGGCGCGCUCGUGCCAUUUGAUCUGAUGGCCGAAUUCUUGCCAGACUCGGAGCGGGCGCGGGUCCUGCUGUUAUUUCAGCUGUAUUGGACUGUAGGCAUUGCGUUCGUAGCGAUACUGGCGUGGGUGGUCAUUGAAUCGUGGGGCUGGCGGUGGCUCACAGGUUUAUGUGCGACACCGUUGGUGUUGGUACUGUGCUCGUUUCCGUGGAUGCCAGAGUCCCCGAAAUGGCUGGUCGAUCAACAUCGAUACGACGAAGCGAUUCAUGUACUUGAAGCGACCGCCAAGCUCAACGGCACCACUUUACCGUACAAUGUACGCAUCCGCCCCCUGGAAUCCAAAGGUGUAAAGGAGCAGGGUCGAGUGAUUGGGGAGAUUUGCAGUCGCAAGCUGUGGCGAGCUAGCACCAUGUUAUUUCUCACUUGGCUUGGGUUUGGCCUGAGUUAUUAUGGAAUCAUCUUGCUGUUUCCACGUAUCUUCAAGCCGGAAGACGGCCAAACGUUCAAUUACACGUGCAUCUUCCUCGCGGCCGUCGCCGAAGUGCUCGGGGUCUUUCUAACCAUGACCAUUGUCGAUACAGUUGGACGACGGCAGACCCAAAUCGCAUUGUACUUCGUGUGUGCUUUAGCUGUGUUUCUAUCGGCUCUGGACUUGGAUUUGGUCUCGUUAACGAUCUUAGCGAUGGCCGCACGGGCUUUUAUUAUGGGCGCAUCUAGUACUACUUGGCUGGCGACGCCCGAAGCCUUCCCUACACAUGUGCGCACAAGCGGCCACGGCAUCGCAUCUGCCAUGUGUCGGCUGGGAGGUUUCGUCACUCCGUUCAUCGCAGACAGCGAGUCCAUGUCUGUGGCGGGCGUCUGCGGCAUCUACGGCACCUGCCUCCUCCUUACCACUGUCGCAUGUUACUUGCUGCCGCCGGACUCGAUCAAUCCGGAUCUACUGGUCGUCUGUGACACUGCGUGCGAGCUGGUGGCGCUCACAACUGAAGAAGAUAGCUCCGUUGGCAAGGCCGCCGAUAUGGACUAACAGCUAUAACAUACAUGUAGAGAGGAAGUAGUAGUACUAGUACUAACUAGUAGAUCGGCCGGACUUCGAAAUCUAUUUGAGGGGGAUCGUACUGUAGUAAUCCUAGCAGUCGUAGUAGUAGUAAGACCGGACAGAGUGCGGAAAGAAUAGAGCGUUUUGCGUG